CAUCAAAUUUUGUGUAGGGGUUGUUUUUCCGUUGUAGAAGUAGAGGAGAAAACAUGACCACCCCUACGGCUACUGCGAGGAUUACCUCAAAGAAGCAAACACUUGAAGAUGCUUACUCACCCCCAGCCAACUUUUUAGAAAUCGAUGUUUCCGAUCCACAGACACACGGAGUGGCUAAAAAGCGAUACACAGAUUACGAAGUCCGAAUGAAGACAAAUCUACCGGUUUUUAAGCUCAAAGAGUCUAGUGUCAGAAGACGUUACAGUGAUUUUGAAUGGUUGAGAAAUGAGUUGGAACGUGACAGUAAAAUUGUUGUACCACCACUGCCAGGCAAAGCUCUUAAAAGACAACUACCAUUCAGGGGAGAUGAUGGGAUUUUUGAAGAUGAAUUUAUAGAAGAUAGAAGGAAAGGACUUGAACAAUUUAUUAAUAAAGUUGCUGGCCAUCCUCUUGCACAAAAUGAGAAAUGUUUACACAUGUUCUUACAAGAACCAGUUAUUGACAAGAACUAUGUUCCUGGUAAAAUUAGAACCACAUGAAAACAGUCACAAACUAAUUUGUUUCUUUUCUUGUAUUUCCCUCAGUCACAUUUAGGAAACUUCUAUUUGUACAACUCUGAUAGUAAAUUUUUAAAAAUAUAUUUGGGACAUUUUUUUUUUUCUAAAACCAAUAAGCACAAAUUAAGUCAAUAUCCAGUAGAUAUUUUAAAAAGAAAAACUUUGACAUUUUGUAUAUCUAGAUAUAGAAACCAAUUCAAUUUGAAAUUGUAUUUAUUGUUUUUAUUUAUUAAAAUUGAGAAGAUGACUGAGAUCUUCCUGUUAAAACACAUGCAUGAUGUUCCAUUUAAUAUUUUGUCUACUGUCAAAUUUUGCGAUUUGAAACAAUGCCAUGUACAAUAUAUAAAUAUAUACUUAUUUUAACACGACCCUAUGCUGUCAUUUUUGUGUAAUUUAUAAUUUGUCAAAUUCAUGUUGCCUGCCUGUUUCUGUUAUUAGUUAUGUUUAGUGUAAAAGCAAAUUAUUGUGCAAUGUCUUCAAAAUGAGCCAUCCUUGUAUAAUGAUUUCCUCACCACUUCUUAAAUUAGCACCACACUUUGGUUUAUCUGACAAAACAUAGUAAAUUUCAUUUCUUUAUUGGCAUGUUGAUAUCCAGUUAGAAUUUGUACAAAUCAUUUCUUGAAGAAACAAACACAUUUUGAAAAAAAUAAAAAGCUCCAAAGAAAUAAGACUGAAAUAAGUAUAAAUAUUGUGAAAAGGGUUAAAUAUGUAAGUUUACAAAUAAAUAUUGCAAUCUAAAAUAAAGCAAUGCACACACAAAAUUCAUUUGCUAGAUUAUAGUUUUCUAAGCUCUAAUAACAGCAAAGACACUGUAUGUGUAUGUGUGGUUAAAACUUGAUCACUGUUGAGCUUUUUCUUAAUGAUAUUUUAAUCAAUUCAAUAGGAACUGGGUUGAAUUUUUUUUUUACAUUUAUUCUACCCCUGAUUUUAUUGCAGAGAUCGUUAACGUUUUCUAAAAAAAAACAACAACAUUGGAUCAAAACAUUUGACACAUAUUUUCUUUCUAUUUUCUUUUUUUAUUUAAAAAGAUAUACAUUUUUUACAUUUCAUUUGCAUUUGAGAGAAAAACAUGCCUAUUUUUUUUUAUUUUGAUUACAUUUGCAAUUUUAAAAAUUUCCAUUUAUCACAAUUAUGUUUAUGAGUUCACUAAAGGUUGUACAAUAACUAGUGUAAAAUCAUUGGUAUGACAGUAUGUAUUGUUAAUUUUAAGCUUUUUUUUUUAACUAGUUGAAAUGUCAGGUCAAGUUGAAGUAACUCUCAUUUAUAAAUGAAUGCUCAUCUGAUUAAAUUCUAUGAAUACAUUUUA